ACGAUUCUCAGAGUGGUCAAGCACCUUGUCAUGAUGACGGCUCGGUCAUCUUUGGGUCGGCCCACCGAUAGUAUGCCCCCACCCGGCAAAGGAAGAGUGCUCCCCGUUUUUGCCUAUGGAUAUUGCAAUGUCCACUUCGACAGCGGCCAGCGAGAUGGAUGGGAUUGAAACUAACACGACCACGGCAGGUGCGGCGCCCGUGUCGGUGGCAGUGGGGACAUUGAUAAUUGAGGGAAAUGACCCCGCCAUUGCAGGCCCUGAGGAGACCGAGACCGGAGUCGGCGGGGACAGCGCUAUCGAUGAGGAUCUUACGGAUGAUACCCCACUUCGACGACUGCCGCCAAACGGCCGGGAUGCCGUGAAUUUUACUUGGUCUGAGCAAAGAUGUGUCGACUUGAUCCGUUUAUUUGGCCGAUGGUACGAGAAGCAUCACCAACUUUUGGCCACUAAGCCCAUGGCGGAGGUCAGGUACAUAUACGACCAAGCCUUUGACGAAAUACUCGAAGUCUAUCCGAGCCUUUGGGCUUGCAAAUUCAAAGCGCUGGGCCCAAAAUAUCAACGGCUUGUUGAGGAUUGGAUGAUGGUUACCAAUAACUUAUUCGCUUCUAUGGAUGAUCUUGGGGAUGAGAUUUCCAAUCGUAUUCGCCGAAGAGGCAUGCCUCCCAAGGUGUACCUCUUGCUGAAACAUUCCACUGAACAGGUUCAACACAUUGACAUCGCGCCGUUGCUUGACAACCGACAACCUGGUCGCCCCACCAAAGCGGUGGCCAAGCUGGCUUUCUUCUUGGUUCAAGGGGUCCGCGCCGAAUUCAAAGCCCGUGAGGUCGUGGCCGACAUGGAUCGUCUCCGCUUGCGCAAGAUUUGGGACACCAAUUGGCAAGCCGAGCAACUCCGCCAUGCUCAGGUCCUGGUCGAAGAAGAGGUGCGCCACAAACAGGUCACUCAUGAACUCAAGAUCAAUAUGGGCCCAUAUCGAACGAGCUCAGAUGCGUGCGAUUGAGAGGGAAGUCGACAGCGCUCGCGAGUAUGAUGAGGCAGAGGAAGCAUUGGGAACCCUUCUCCAGACGCACUGCGCUGCUAAUCCCGGUCCGGCCCACCCAAAUUGAGGUCACUGUCCUGAUUGUUGGCAUGCCUG